AUGAUUUGGGGGAAACAGCAAGACAAAGCGCCCGAGGUGGUACAGCAACCCAUUCCGCGCGAGAAGCUGCCGGACCAGCUUCAGAAGCUCGUUGACCACGACGAUGGCUUCUACGAUGACAUUUAUUCCUCCUAUUCUGUUGACUCCACGGAAACUCCCUACCGAUAUGCCGGUUACGCUACUCGACUUCGCACGAUUCUGCUCUCCGCCCACCGCUAUGUCGCCUACACCUCUGACAUCGGCGAAUCCUUCCGCCCCGUCGCGCACCCGUGGCUCGUGCGCUCCGCCUACGGUAUUUCAUGGACGUAUUUGAUCGGCGACGUCGCGCACGAAGGAUACAAGGCCUACCUGCGCAACCGCAGCCUGCUCGCCCCGCCAUGUGAGGCCUACAAAGAUGCCAGCGACCUCUCUCCUGAACAAGUCGCCAAGGGCAUGGUGACCGGCAACCUGACCAAGCCUCUCACCUCGACAUCGACCGACACGCUCACUCCCUGGCCUACCACCGAGAUUCCCCUCAUCGAGGACUAUCGCAUGGUGAUGGCCAAGCGCGCCGUGUUCCAAAGUAUAGCCAGUAUGGGUCUGCCGGCCUUCACCAUUCAUUCCGUCGUGAAAUACUCGGGCCGGAUGUUCAAGAAAUCCUCGAACACUUUCCUCCGCACCUGGUCUCCCAUCGGACUCGGUCUGGCCGUCGUUCCCUUCCUCCCGUAUCUCUUCGACGAGCCCGUCGAAGAAGCCGUCGAGUGGGCCUUCAGCCGCGGGCUCUGGCUCUACGGCGGCGACGAAGCCGUCCGCCCCCUCCCUCCGCCCAAGGCCGCCCACGUCUCUCAGGACGAAGCCACCUCCCUCAGCCACUACCUCCGCGUGCAGACGGAAAAGCACAACAAAGAGUCGCUGGGCUUCGACGCCAGCGUCUCCGACUCGGCCGCCAACCUCUCCUGGGAGGCAUACAAGGAGGAGCGCCAACGAGCGAAGGAGCAGCGCCAGCGGGAGCGCGAGCAGCACGGCCACACGGGUCCCCUCUCUUUUUUGAAUGGGUUAACCAAGGAAAAGACGGAGUAA